GGCCAAGGAGGGCGUGCGCAGGUCACGUGCGCCGGUGGUCAGCGCGCGCAUUGCCUGCCCCGGAAGUGGUCGGCGCGCGGCGCGGCGCGCCUGGGCGCUAAGAUGGCGGCGGCGUGAGUUGCAUGUUGUGUGAGGAUCCCGGGGCCGCCGCGUCGCUCGGGCCCCGCCAUGGCCGUCACCAUCACGCUCAAAACGCUGCAGCAGCAGACCUUCAAGAUCCGCAUGGAGCCUGACGAGACGGUGAAGGUGCUAAAGGAGAAGAUAGAAGCUGAGAAGGGUCGUGAUGCCUUCCCUGUGGCUGGACAGAAACUCAUCUAUGCCGGCAAGAUCUUGAGUGACGAUGUCCCUAUCAGGGACUAUCGCAUCGAUGAGAAGAACUUUGUGGUCGUCAUGGUGACCAAGACCAAAGCCGGCCAGGGUACCUCAGCACCCCCAGAGGCCUCACCCACAGCUGCCCCAGAGUCCUCUACAUCCUUCCCGCCUGCCCCCACCUCAGGCAUGUCCCAUCCCCCACCUGCCGCCAGAGAGGACAAGAGCCCAUCAGAGGAAUCCGCCCCCACGACGUCCCCAGAGUCUGUGUCAGGCUCUGUUCCCUCUUCAGGUAGCAGCGGGCGAGAGGAAGACGCGGCCUCCACGCUAGUGACGGGCUCUGAGUAUGAGACGAUGCUGACGGAGAUCAUGUCCAUGGGCUAUGAGCGGGAGCGGGUCGUGGCCGCCCUGAGAGCCAGCUACAACAACCCCCACCGAGCCGUGGAGUAUCUGCUCACGGGAAUUCCUGGGAGCCCCGAGCCGGAACACGGUUCUGUCCAGGAGAGCCAGGUAUCGGAGCAGCCGGCCACGGAAGCAGCAGGAGAGAACCCCCUGGAGUUCCUGCGGGACCAGCCCCAGUUCCAGAACAUGCGGCAGGUGAUUCAGCAGAACCCUGCGCUGCUGCCCGCCCUGCUCCAGCAGCUGGGCCAGGAGAACCCUCAGCUUUUACAGCAAAUCAGCCGGCACCAGGAGCAGUUCAUCCAGAUGCUGAACGAGCCCCCUGGGGAGCUGGCGGACAUCUCAGAUGUGGAGGGGGAGGUGGGCGCCAUAGGAGAGGAGGCCCCGCAGAUGAACUACAUCCAGGUGACGCCGCAGGAGAAAGAAGCUAUAGAGAGGUUGAAGGCCCUGGGCUUCCCAGAGAGCCUGGUCAUCCAGGCCUAUUUCGCGUGUGAAAAAAAUGAGAACUUGGCUGCCAACUUCCUCCUGAGUCAGAACUUUGAUGACGAGUGAUGCCAGGAAGCCAGGCCACCUAAGCCCCCACCCUACCCUUAUUCCAUGAAAGUUUUAUAAAAGAAAAAAUAUAUAUAUAUUCAUGUUUAUUUAAGAAAUGGAAAAAAAAAUCAAAAAUCUUAAAAAAAAAAACAAGCAAACAGUCCAGCUUCCUGUCCUCCUAAAGUGGCCCCUGUUCCCAUCUCACUCUGAGAAGACCCAGGCCAGACAGCUGUCCCCCCGUCGUCCUCCCCAGCCCAGCCUGCUCAGAGAAGCUGGCAGGACUGGGAGGCGACAGAUGGGCCCCUCUUGGCCUCUGUCCCAGCUCUCUGCAGCCAGACGGAAAGGCGGCUGCUUGCCUCUCCAUCCUCCGAAAAACCCCUGAGGACCCCCCGCCCCCCACCCCAUCCUCUUCUAGGAUGAGGGGAAGCUGGAGCCCCAACUUUGAUCCUCCAUUGGAGUGGCCCAAAUCUUUCCAUCUAGGGCAAGUCCUGAAAGGCCCAAGGCCCCCUCCCCAGUCUGGCCUUGGCCUCCAGCCUGGAGAAGGGCUAACAUCAGCUCAUUGUCAAGGCCACCCCCACCCCAGAACAGAACCGUGUCUCUGAUAAAGGUUUUGAAGUGAAUAAAGUUUUAAAAACCA